UGUGUGUGCUCACACACAGAAUACAGAAGCUAGGAACAAUUCCAAGGCAGGCGUGCCUGUGUGCGUGCUCACAACUCUGGCUUUCCAAAGUAAAAGUGAAAACCCUUGUGAAGAAACUGAGAGUCUGAAGGGGUUAAAUGAAAUACAACUCUCCUUUUCCUGUGCAGUAAGGAUUAGUAACCAAACAGAAGCAGGAGAGAAGAGCGCUGAAGUGCCACUGUUCCAACAAGAACGAUUGGAAAGUGGGUUCUGGAGCUUGACUGCAGAGCGUCUCCAGCUUUUGUGCUCACCUGUCACGGGCACAUGCAGGAGGUAGAGAUGAAGAACUUGUUCCUUCUGCUCAUGUUCACAAUGAUGUCACCUUCUGCAACUUCUGGCCACCGGUUGAAAAGGCAGGUUGAUGUCUGGGGGAGCUGGGGUGAAUGGGGCAGGUGCAGUCGGAGCUGUGGUGGUGGAGUCAGCUUUCGGCAACGGCGCUGCUAUUCCCAAAGGACAGAAGGUCCUUCCAGUUGUGUUGGACCAACACGAAGCUAUCGGUCCUGUAAUGUUCAGAACUGCCCGGAAGGAUCCCGGGAUUUCCGGGCAGAGCAGUGUGCAGAGUUUGAUGGGACAGAAUUCCAAGGAAAGAAGUACAAGUGGCUUCCAUAUUAUGGAGCACCUAAUAAGUGUGAGUUAAACUGCAUUCCUAAGAGAGAAAACUUCUACUACAGGCACAAGGAAGCAGUGGUAGAUGGGACUACCUGUGAACCUGGCAAGMGGGAUAUCUGUGUAGAGGGAGUUUGCCAGGCUGUUGGCUGUGAUAAUAUGCUGGAAUCUGCCAAGAARGAGGACAAGUGCCUACAGUGUGGAGGAGAUGGCAGCACCUGCUAUGGUGUGAAGGGCACUUUUGAUGUGGCCAGCCUCCCCAAAGGUUACAAUCAAAUCUUUAUUAUCCCUGUGGGAGCCACAAGCAUUCAAAUUAAGGAGGUUAAGCCCAGCAGGAACUUCCUAGCUGUCAAGAAUGUGCAAGGGGAGUAUUAUCUGAAUGGGCAUUGGACGAUCGACUUCAGCCGGGCRCUGCAGGUGGCCAGCACAGUGCUGCACUAUGACCGUGGCUCGGAGGGUGAUGUGGCCCCAGAGCUCCUCCAUGCUCGGGGUCCCACCACAGAACCCCUCAUCAUCGAGCUUAUCAGCCAGGAGCUAAACAYGGGCAUACAGUAUGAGUAUUACCUGCCCCUGCAAGGACAGGCCUCGGGUUACAGCUGGAGCUACAGUUCGUGGAGUGAGUGCAGCUCCGAAUGUGGAGGAGGUUUCCAAUCCCGCUUGGUGUUUUGUACUAUAGACAAUGAAAUUUAUCCAGACUAUAUGUGCAGGAAUAAACCACAACCAGACAAUAACCGGACGUGUGGCCAUCAGCCUUGUCCCCAGACAAAACGGACUUCUUACAUCUACCUGCCACAAGCCUGGAGUCACAGUGGUGCACGGAGCUCUCAGAUGAAGAGGUGGAAAACAGGAGAGUGGGGGUCCUGCUCAGCUACCUGUGGCGGGGGCACCCAGACGCGCUCCGUGUACUGCGUGGCGUUUGACGGCCAGAGCUCGCAGGGGGUGGUGGAUGACGCUGAAUGCAUGGUCUUCGCCCAGCAGCCACGCCGCAGCCAGCCCUGCAAUGUCAGGCAAUGUGCCACCUGGAGCACAGGGCCCUGGUCCGAGUGCUCAGCCAGCUGUGGGGAAGGAGUUCAGACCCGGACUGUCACCUGCAGGACGCAGCAGGGCUCUCAGGCUCAGGACUUCGCUUGUCUGAUGGAGCCAAAGCCAUUGGCCACCCAGCCCUGCCUUAAGGAGAACUGCAUCCAGGAAAUCAGCUGGCACAUUGGAGACUGGGGUCUGUGUUCCAAGAGCUGCGAUUCAGGCAUCCGGACACGCCAGGUCAUCUGUGCUGACGGCGACUCCAAAUUCUACAGUCCUGAGACAUGCAAAGCCAUCCAGCCACAGAAACCAGCCACCCUGGGUAGCUGCAACACACAGCCCUGCUACCUGCCACAGCAGGUCCCCAGUAUGCAGGACACUAUGGGAUACGAUGUCACUCGUCAGUCCUCGCUGACACGUUACAACCCUAACAGCCCUGCUCCAGGAGUUCUCUCCCCAGAUUCUGAUGAUGGAAGGAUGUUUCCUGGGAACACCAUGACCCAUAGUACUUCAGGGAAUCACGACAUUCCAUCCACCAAGGACCAUGGCAUCAACUUGUUUCCUGUCCGUUGGGAGCCCCAGUCACGCUCCCAUCGGCUCAGCUUCUCCCAGGACCCCCUUGCAGGAGAGGGCUCCCAGAACUGCCUUCAGAGCCCACAUGGCUGCUGUCCAGAUGGGCACACUCCAGCCUCAGGCCCUUUGGGGAGAGGUUGCCCUCUCAGCACCUGCCACCAAAACAGGUAUGGGUGCUGUCCUGAUGGAGUAUCAUCUGCCCAGGGUCCAAACAACAUGGGAUGCCCACAAUAUAACCGGGACUUUCAAAUGAGACAAAAUCAUCCCACUGCGACCACUCCAGCAGCAAGCCAAGCCUUGUCCCAGCAGCAUCCCUCGGGCGAGUGCCGCGGCUCCGUGUACGGCUGCUGCUUUGACAAUGUCGCCUCAGCCGCAGGUCCUCGAGGGGAAGGAUGUCUCAAUAGGCCCAACUACCCCUACCCUGUCAUGUGCCUGCUGCCCAGUGCCCAUGGCCCCUGCACCAACUGGACCACUCGCUGGUACUUCGUGGGAGUUGUUGGCAAGUGCAAUCGGUUUUGGUAUGGUGGCUGUCAGGGCAAUAAAAACAGCUUUGCCUCGGAGGAGGAGUGCAUGAGAGCAUGCCACAGCUCUGUGGGGGUCAGUCAUCUGGAGCACCAGCCGUCUCCUGGCACAGGAGCCCUGCAACACCAGCAGACUGGCUCCCGUUCUCACACAGGGCAUGCUCAGGGUCAGCAGCAGUCACCCACCAGAGAGUCUGCAAGUCAUAGCCAAGAAGGAAGAACCUAUGGGGCCUCACAYCCCACACAAGACAGCCACAGACAGAACAGCUGGAGAAGGGACAUGCUGCCAGAGUCCUUGCCAAGGACCGGURUGCUGGAGAGCCAGCGCUGGGACAUCCGGCGGAGCAGACUGGACAGCCUGGGCCAGCUGCGAUCCCGGGAAACAGCAGUGCCUGGCCCCUUGGAGAGGCAGAGCAGCAGUGGCCAGCAGGUCCUGCCCCARGAAGGCAAGCAGUGGCGUAAAGCUUUCGGAGCAGAUGUUUCCAUGGCAGAGGGAUUUGGGCACCAGGAGUCUGCAGACUUGUUCCCAGCACAGGCUCUGCACAGAACAAUCCUGGAAGAAGCCAAGCCCUCUCUUGUGACAGCAGUUGUGGGACAAAACAUCCAACUGGUCUGCAAGACAGACAUGUCGCCCCUCUCCAGAGUGGARUGGAUGAAGAACAGCCGACCGGUCUCCACUGACAGGCACACCUACCAGUCCGACAGCUCCCUGUGGAUCAGCCACGUCGAGCCCGAGGACGCUGGCACCUACACGUGCCUCACUUCUGAUGGGAAGACAGAGAGCCGACGGAUUCAGCUGCAGAUCRCAGAGUACCAGAGCACUGUUGGAGCAGAGGGUGAGAGAGCUCGGGUCCUUCACAAGGCAAAUCAGCAGCAGCGAGAGUUGCCCAGAGGCCGGCAGGUUGUGCAGACAGCCGGCUCCUCCGUGCAUCAGCAGCUCACAUACAGGUUGAAAAUGGAUAAGAGCGAGCCCACAGUAUUGGAGGCCAAUGUUGGGGAGAGAGUCAGACUGCCCUGCACUGUGGAAGCAUCACCAGCUCUCACCAUUGAGUGGCAGAARGACGGGCAGCCCCUCUCCUCUCCCAGGCACAGGCAGCAGUCAGAUGGGGCCCUGGUGAUCAGCCGGGUCAGCUCUGAGGACAUCGGGUUCUUUACCUGCAUUGCCUCCAAUGGACGUGACCGUGACCAGCGCCAGGUCCUGCUCCGACCUCUAGGAGAGCUGAGAAUCACUGGUCUUCUGCCAAGCAUCACAGUACCUGAGGGAGGGACUGCUCAGCUUCAUUGUACAGUGAYUGGCAACAAUGUGAAUAUAAGGUGGUCAAGGAAUGGAGUCCCCAUGCGGGGGGACGGCCACCACAUCCACCUGUCCCAGGAUGGAAGCCUGACUAUAAGCAACGUCCAAGAGGCUGACGAGGGAUCCUACACAUGCAGUGCCUACAGCAGCAGCAGCUCUGUCAGUGCCAGCUCGGAGGUGAAGGUGCUGAGGAGCAGGCCUAGCACUACUGUGAGUCAUGCUACAGACCUGAGCAGAGAGUGUGUGGACCAGCCUCACCUUGCCAACUGUGACCUGAUCGUGCAGGCCCAGCUGUGUGCUAACGAGUAUUAUUCCAGCUUCUGCUGUGCCAGCUGUGCCCGCCACCGCCCACAGGGCAGCGCCCCGCACCCCCGCGGGUGACAGCCACGGCCACCGUGACCGGUGACAAGACGUCUCAGCUCUGUUCUUUUACUGCAYGGGACUGUUCAAGGAACUCUGCCCUGCUGGAAAGCUCAAGAGGGUGAAAUGAAGAGUGUAUAGUGGGUGUAAAUGUUCAAAGGUGGGAGACCCACCACCCUCAGGUUUAUUGUGAACUCCUUUUCCCYGCUGUGUGCCUUGCUGUACCUAAUCCAUCUCUUAAGGGUAGUUGCUGUCAUUUCACAGAUCCAGAUGGUGCUAGGAAUGUAAGGAUGAUGUGACUAGAGAGGGCAGAUGACCAGCGUCAAAGAGGGAGAGAUCAAUUCUUUAUACAAACAAGAGAGAGAAGUGCUCUUAAAAAAUAAUCUCUGAAGUGUUUGAAGAUGGGCCUGAACCAUUUCAGCCGAAGUCCUAGUGAUGAUGAACAUUUGUUCCUUCAAUGAGCAUUGUUGAACAAGUGCUCCUGGGGAGCACUUUCCAUCUAAAUGCAAAGGACUCUGGCCACAAGAAACAGCUUGAUGCAUACAAAAUUGGCGUUCAGGUCCUAUGAGAUUACUGGCUCUAGGGAUGCAGAUGUAAUGUCAUGUGUUACUCUAGCUGUUUUAUUCCAGUAGACCUUAGACAAAUUUCUAGUAUGAUCAGUUUGGUUUCUACAUGACUGCAAUCAGCUUCAGCGUAAAAUGCAGAAGCARUGCUUCACACAAAGCUUAAGACAAAAUAGAAAACUACUUUUCACCCUUUCUGAAUGUUAGGGGUACUUUAAAUGAAAAUACCAACACUGUUACCCGUUCUGAGAUGCUGCAAUUUAAAUAGCACUCAUUCCAGGAAGGCUCAGCAGGUAAUUUUUUUGCCUAGCCAGAACUGUGCUGUUCUGACGUUGUGCUGAGUUUGGGCAGGGACUAAUAAUACACACAUAGAAAUACRUGUGUAGGGGAAUUUGACUUGCCACAGCAAACCCUCCAAGGAUCAGCUCUAGUCUCACUUAAACCCACGAAAGCCUAGCUCUGCAUGCUGCUGCUAUGGGCUAACAAAUUAGGACUGCCAGAUGCAGAGCAGCUGUAGCUGAAAAGCAUCUCCAUUUCAAGACCAACAUGGAGUGGUAGCAAGUGUGCAUCUGUGGCUCUGAAAAUCUCCAGCAUUAGGGGUGGGGAGAUUAUAUCAUAUCAUGUUAAACCAGUAAAGACCCUUGGGUAUCUUCAGUAUCUCAAAAUGGAAUUACUUCUGAGCAAAAGCAUUCAUUUGCAGCCUCCACACUAUUGUUCUACCCUAGCAUCAACYCUGACAGUCCCCUUCCUCCUCAUUUUAAACUAUCUACUGAGACUUGGAUGGAUUGAUCAUAAUUAUUAGCACCAUUACCCAUGUAUUAUUUGCAUAGAUAUAGCUAUAAACUAGUAGACUGAUGUGUAGAUGUUGAUGUUGAUUGGGCGGAUGGAGGAUUUUUUUUUUUUUUUUUUUUUUUUUUUUUUUUUUUUUUACAUUUUGUCUUCUGCUUUUGUUACUUUAAGCCUUCUAAGAAAUGCAGCUAAUUCUGACUGUGCUCACACCACUCUCCUCUCCUUCAGUCCUGACUCAGGACCCAUCAGGGCAGCAGCAAUCCCUGUAAAGGUGUAAAUCCGCAGGGUUGACAGCCUAGAGCUGUUUUGUACUCUAAACCCCAUAAAUCAGUUCACAUGGACCUAAAAAUAAGAAUUACUGACCUAAUGACUGCACUUUCCUCAGCACAGGUAUGGUUCAGGACUGGACACAAUGCUUUACCGUGUGAACAAACGGAGAAGCCUAGAAGCAAUCCAGUACAG